AUGAUCCGCAGCCAGCUAACCAUGCUGCUGGGUCUACUCAGUGGGGUCUGCUUGCCCACAGCCUCAGGGAGGCCCCGGGCCCCAGCUCCCCCCACUCAGUCCUGGACUGCCUCUAACCAAACCAGGCCACUGGAUCCUCUGGUGCUGGCCGGAGCCCUUGGCACUUGGACAGCCUUCCUGGGUCUGCAAAGCAGGCCGCAGGGUGCGGGUAGGCUGCAGCAUGGGCAGGAAGUGGCAGCUGGUAUGUCUUUGCCCUUGGAUCCUCAGGAAGUAACCCAGGAGAAGUGUAAGGCCGUGCCCUUCGUUCAGGUGUUCUCCAGGCCCGGCUGCACCACCGCCCGCGUCCACAACCACCUCUGCUUCGGCCUCUGCUCGUCCUUCUAUGUCCCGGGCCCCGAUCCCAGUCCGUUUGUCCUCUGCAAGGGCUGUGUGCCCACCCGCCAGCGCUGGGCCCCAGUGGCGCUGUGGUGCGGACCCGCCUCCCCCCGGCGGGUGAGGAUGUCUGCUCUGCUGGUCGAGGCCUGCCAGUGCCACCCCAAGCUGUGA